CACGCGAACGCCUGGUGGAAGAGUAAGGCAGCGUAAAAAGACGAACUGACAAGGUUCCAUACGGUGGAACCUGUCUGCGCCGGGUUCGAGCAUGCGUGUGUGAUCGUGGGGUCGUCAGGCAGAAGCGCGAAAAAAAAAAAACAGAGCCAAGUGAACCGGGCUCCAUGCUCUUGGUGCUGUUCUUGCCAAAUCUUGCGUUGACUUCACCGUCCGUGGUGAGUUCAGGCCUUCAGGGAUGGAGGAGAUCGGCAAGAGGCGGCGUCAACACCACUUCGUGCUCGUGCACGGCCUCUGCCACGGCGCGUGGUGCUGGUACAAGGUGGCCACCGUCCUGGAAUCCGCCGGCCACCGCGUCACCGCGUUCGACCAGCCCGCGUGCGGCGCUAACGCCGUGCGCGCCGAGGAGGUGCUCUCGUUCGAGGAGUACUCCCGGCCGCUCCUCCGCGCCGUGGCCGCCGCGCCGCCGGAGGAGAAGGUCGUCCUCGUCGGGCACAGCUUCGGCGGGCACAACCUCGCGCUCGCCAUGGAAGCCCACCCGGAGAAGGUCGCUGUCGCCAUCUUCGUCUCCGCGCCCAUGCCGGUGGCCGGCCGGCCCAUGUCAGCGGUCCUGGAACAGCAUCUCCAAGGAGAUUCAGCGCCGCAUUUCUUCUUGGAUUGCACAUUUGGAAUCGUGGAGACAGGCUCGGAGAAUCCAGCGGAAACAUUCCUGGUCGGCCCCGAGUGGAUGUCACGGAGGAUGUAUCAGCUCAGCCCUCCAGAGGAUCUGACACUUGCCAGGUUGCUGGUUAGGCCGGCGCAGAUGUUCCUCAGGGACGAGGCCAUGACCGGGGAGAAGGUUCUCACGGAGGGCAGGUACGGCGCGGUGAGCCGAGUGUUCGUCGUCGCCGAGGAAGACAAGACGUGGCCGGCGGAGGAGCAGCGGCGGGUGGCGGUCUCCUGCGGCCCCGGCGUGGAGGUCAGGGCCAUCGGUGGAGCUGAUCACAUGCCCAUGUUCUCGAAGCCAGCGGAGCUCGCGCAACUCAUCAUGGAAGUAGCGGAAAAGUACAGUUGAUCGGGAGGAAGAGAGAUUAAUUUGAAAAGGAAUGAGAGCUGAGAGAGAUUUUUUUUUAAAAAAAAACUGGCUGUUCAAUCAUUGAGACAGACAUUGAUGCUA